AGAAGCGAAAAAGAAACAACAACAAUUGUCAAUUGAUUCUCCAUGUUGGUUAAUCUUUUUUUUGUUCUUUUCUCUUUUUCUCUUUUGCUUUUUAUUUCAAAUGUUCCAUUGAUCUUAUGUUGACUUGUUUUUCUUUUUCCGGUGACAAAUGACCAAUCCAAUUAAUUGUUUUCUUCUAAUAUGUUAUUAUUUUUUCGGAUUUACGAUUGUUAAUUACUUUCUGUUAACUGUUGUUAUCUCUCAAGAGGUUUCAAGUGAUGCUAAGAUUGUUAAAAUUAAUCCGAAAUCAGCUCUUGAAUAUGAAGAGGUCAUGGAUUUGACAUCCAAAUUUCAGGUUGAUGUUUGGAAUCGUCCUGCCGAUGGAAAUCAGGCCAUUUGGGCGGCCAUUCAUGAGGACGAUGAUGAUUUUCUGGAUGCUUUGGGUUCUGCUGGGAUUCCGUUUGAUGUUGCCUUUGAAAACAUGGCCUCUUAUUUGGCAUUGGUUAAUUUCACUCAACCUCGAUAUGACCUCAACUCAGAAGCUUCUGGAACCUCGAGACAGGUUAGGCCUACUUUCUUUAAACGGUAUUAUCGUUUUAAUGAAUAUUUGGCUAUAAUUAAAAAUUGGGCUGAAGAGUUUGACUCAAUGUAUAUCAGUUCAAUUGGUAAAAGUUUUGAGGGUCGAUCGAUUCCUGUUAUUGUUAUUAACCGAUCAACCAGACUCGAUGGAUUUGAUGAUAAUCAGGACGAUGGUUUUGAAGAUGAUUCUGACAGUAAUAAUAAUAAUAAUAAUGGUAGGCCCAAUAAUUGGAAUAAUCAACCGGACGAUGUUAACGGUUUUGAGCGCACCAGGGAAAAUGGUUAUCGGUCAUCAACUAGACGCCCAUCAAAUAGGGAUAAUUACGGCGAUUGUAGUAAUUGUGAUGGUCGAGAUCGGUCUGGAGAAUCUUGUAAAACGGUUAUCAUCGAGUGUGGUUUACAUGCUCGAGAAUGGGCUUCACCUGCUUCGUGUCUCUACUUGAUCUAUUUUCUGGCCACUACUGAGAUUCCAAUUUUCCGUCGUUACGAAUAUCAUAUUAUACCGAUUGCUAAUCCUGAUGGUUAUGUUUUCACCUGGUCAAGAGUUAGAGGGGCUCGACUUUGGCGGAAAAAUCGCUCACGUCGAACUGGAUCAAAUUGUAUCGGUGUUGAUCUUAAUCGUAAUUUUAAUAUUGAUUGGUGUCAAACGGGAUCUUCACGAAAUCCUUGCAAGGAAAACUAUUGUGGACCUAAACCAGCCUCUGAACCCGAAACUCGAGCCCUAGUCAAUUACUAUCGACGACUUGGUGAAGGAGCCGAUGAAUGUAUAGCUCUCUAUUUUACUAUUCACUCUUAUGGUCAGUGGAUAUUGUGGCCUAAUGGUUUCUCUCGAACUCCACCCAAAAACUCUGAAUUCUUAGAGGCCGUUGGCCACGAAGCUAUUAACAGAUUAAAUAGACACAUUGGUCGACGGGCUUAUCGAGGUGGACAAACGGCUCAAGCCUACAAAUAUGCAUCAAGCGGUGGAAGUGAUGAUUGGAUUUAUAACCGAGGAUUAGCUGAGAUUUCAAUAACCUUUGAAUCGCGAGAUAAUGGUCAAUAUGGAUUCCUACUUCCUCCUGAGCAAAUUAUUCCCACAGCUGAAGAUGCUAAAAUCGCUAUUCAGGCGAUUUUAGAGAAACGUGAAUCCAUAAGAAGGAAUUAAAUAGAAAACAAUCAACCGAAUGCUAUUGAUCUAUUGCAGAUAUAAUAUCAAAUUCUAGUGAGAAAAGUUCACGUCCAAAUAGAACGAGAAAUAAAUUAGAUGGACAGUUAAGUGUAAGAAAAUUUUAGAAUCGAUAAUUUUUUUAUAAAGAUUACAGAAUGUUUUUUAAAAUUGCAAAGUGAAA